CAAACCCAAUAACCGCCUUGGAUUUUUACCGGAAGUUCAGGCUACGCGUCCGAGAGGGUUCUAUGGAAAAGACAAAACCCAGAGCGUCUCACGUCAUCGCGUGUACUUUGCUCCCGAGUUCCCCCGGGGCCGCUCUGUUGGUUCCACGUUUCUUUCAGUUCCUGCCAGUUGUCACACUGGCGGUGCAGCCAUGCGGUCGCUCGUCGGGUUCUUGUUGGUUUUGGGGACAGCCACGGCGGGCCUUUAUUGGUUGUCGGUGCGGCUUCCCGGAGAGCCGCGUGCGGGAAGUGGGUUAUUAAAAUUCCCUUCAAACCUAGAGGAACUGCGAGAGCUUGCAGAAUUUCUACAAUACUAUAACAAAGAGCACCAUGCAUAUGUGCUGCUGCUGUUUUGUAGUGCCUACCUGUAUAAACAGAGCUUCGCCAUUCCUGGUUCAAGCUUUCUGAACAUCCUUGCUGGGGCUCUCUUUGGACCAUGGUUGGGUCUCCUGCUGUGUUGUGCCUUGACGUCUGUGGGUGCUACCUGUUGCUAUGGACUAUCCAACAUCUUUGGAAAACAAUUUGUCAUCUACUGUUUUCCUGAUAAAGUAGCUAUACUUCAAAGAAAGGUGGAAGAGAACAGAAGUUCCCUGUUUUUCUUGUUGUUGUUUCUGAGGCUAUUCCCUAUGUCUCCCAAUUGGCUUCUGAAUCUCACAUCUCCCAUCCUGAACAUUCCUGUGACUCAGUUUUUCUUCUCUGUUUUCAUAGGUCUCGUGCCAUAUAACUUCAUCUGUGUCCAGACAGGUUCAAUCCUUUCACAGAUCACCUCCCUUGAUGCCAUUUUCUCCUGGACUACUUUACUCAAGAUGCUGGCUAUAGCCAUGGUGGCAUUAAUUCCUGGGACUAUCAUUAAGAAACUCAGUCAAAAGCAUCUGAACUUGGACAAAAGUGAUGAGAAUGUUUAUGUGCUCAAUGGACGGAAGCACAGUUGAAUAGACUGAGAGCAAGACAGAUACUAAGAGUCUGCUUAUGGGAAAGGUGCAAUUCUUUUUCUACUGAUUUUUUUUCCUGAAGCAUCUAACAGAGGCUUGGGCAUUUUCUCUCAAUAAGAAGUGGCAGACCCAAUUAUUCUUAAAUGCCAUCUUUUGACAGUGCCCAAAAUGAAGCUAUGUGAAAAGCCAAGACUUCCCUUCACAAAAUCAGUUUUAUGCUAUACUGUGUGCAAAAGAGUAAUAACUAGGGAUGGGCACAGACCUGAAUGCUGAGCUACAGUUUGGCCUGAAUUUUGGCUGGUUCAAGGCUCAGGUGACUCGGUUCAAAGGUCACGUGUUCGGACCUCGAAGUCUCUGAGAUUCUCAGCCCGUCUCCGAAGCUCUCAGAUGCUCUCGGCAAAGAAAAAACCACCCAUGUAGGUUCGCACUGAAAAGCUGGUGUGUGUGUUUUUUUUCAGCCUUCAUGGACUAACAGGGAUCAUCCAAAGCUGACAGGCAAGUCUGCUGUCAACGGAGAGAUGUCCAUCUGCCUCCAAUGGGAUGGGAGGGGGGGAUGUAAAUAAGCACUCCAAUGGGAUGGGAGGGGGGAUGUAAAUAAGCACUGAAAUAAGCUCCUUUCGUUUGUACAUGUCAGGUCUUUGCGAGUUCUGGAGUUCUUGCGUUUGUGAAAAAUAGCUGUUGGUAGGGUUGCCAGGUGGGAAUUAGCCACUGGGGUACUAACCAGGAGAGGGUAGGGAAGAAACACAAUUUAACUCCAAGGCAAGUUCUGGCUUUCCUGCCAUUGGAAAUAAUGGAGGAUGGGGGCACCUUCUUUUGGGGCUCCUAGAAUUGGACCCCCUGGUCCAAUCUUUUUGAAACUGGGUGGGGUUGAAGAGAGGCACUAGAAGCUAUGCUGAAAAUUUGUUGCCUCUACCUCAAGAACACCCCCCCCCCCGCAGAGCCCCAGAUUGAUUCUCCACUAUACACUAUGGGAACCGUCUCCAUAGGGUUAUAAUGGAGGGCCCAGCAGCCAUUCCCACCCACCUCUGCUAUCUGAUUGCCCUGAAGUGGGGGGAGGGGCUCCAAACCAGGGGAUCCCCUGCCUCCAACUGGGGAUUGGAAACUAUAGCUGCUGGUGGGUCUGGGGUGGGGAAUUCCUGGAUCUCCUGGUUACAAUACCAAUUUCCAGAUGAUUUGUCUUCUCUUUUGCCUUGUUUCCCUUCCCUGUGUUCCAGUGCAACAAUUCCUUUCCUCCCAUCUCUUUCUUUGAUGUGAAGGGUGGGAAACUUGGGUAGAAUUUAUUCCCUUUCACAUGACAUUUGUUUUGCGAGUUCUUGCUGUGUGGCUCCUUGAGAUAGAGUUGCUCCUGGGGGUCCCUUUCUGCUUCUCUACAGAACUCCCCCCCCUUUUUUCUGGGUUUCCUGGUUGAAAGCCUUGGGGUAGUGUCUUUCCUCUGUAGCUCAAACACCCAGCUCACCCCACCACUUUCUGGAGUUCUCAUCUCACCCCCAAAUCUUUCUCCCAAAGACUGCUGGCUUCCAGCCUGACAACAUCAAUGCACGUCUGGCAUCACUGAGAACACUGUUGCUGUAGAUAAGCAUUCCAUCUCAACAGUGGGGCUUAGGAGUCUUUCUGUCUCACAGAGAGUCUGGGUAGUUGGGUGCCGGGUUCCUCCAGUGGGGAGACCCACACACCCCUUCCUUGGGAUAUUUUAGGUCAUGGCCGCUAGUCCACCAGUGCCCUCCUGCCACAGCCGUGGAGAGAGUCUCAGUCAUCAGGUGCCAAGUCCCUGUCACCUUCCCAGGCAGGGUGGGAGGCUUGGCCCCAAAAAGACAGUGAAGUAAUAAAUUUAUAUAAUUGUUUUCUUUAUAAAAACCCCUCCUCCCUGUAGAAAACUAGAUGCCAGCAAGAAAAUGAAUUAGCCCCUUUUUGCUAUUGAGGGAGCUGUAAGUGUGGGAAAAUAUUGUCACCUGAGCUCCAGUCUGCAGUAUGAAGUGAUUUGGUCCAAACCCCAGUAUAUCACCUUACUGAAUUAGUACAGCAUUUCAAGAGCUUCAGCUUGGGUUGUCUUGCUUCCUUUGGGAAACUAAUUGAGGUAAUCUGUCCUUAGAACAUGGAGCUUCAGUACCAUUUGGUAGGAGGAAUAUCAAGGAGUACUCUGAUAACUAUACUGUCAGACUUAGAACAGAGGAAAGACAAAGGAAAAUGUCGGUUUUGAAUUAAAUAGUAAUUGUGUCCUUAUCAAGUGCCUUAUCACGAGUUAAUUUGGAAACUGUUCUUACAAAAUAAAUAGGUGUAAAACUUAUUAUGAAGUGUCAUCUGUUUAGCAUAGUAUAGAUAUAACUAGGGUUGCCAGUCCAGGGAGCGGAAGGGCUUUUCAGUGCGGUAUAAUGCUGCAGAGUCUACCUUCCAGA